ACUGCUCCAUCUCCUUUGUUUCUCAUGUCCUGGGGAAGGUGUGCUUUCAUGGAAGACAAAAGGAAAUUCUGGGAGUUUUGGUGCCCCGCCUGACAGACCUCACCAAGUCAGACUGCAUCUGGCAGAGGAUAUGCUGGCGGUUGGUGGAAUGUGUGCCAGACCGCUGGAUGGAAGCAGUGGUCCUUGGUUUUGUGCAGAGAGCGCCCAGGGCAGAUGUCUUGUCCAGAUUGCUGGGGAACCUAGUUGUGAAGAACAAGAAGGCUCAGUUUGUGGUGACGCAGAAGAUGUUGCUCUUGCAGUAUGGCCACACGACGGCAGUGCUGCAGAAUCUCCUUGGCUAUCUGGCCCUGGACGGUCUCCGGCGUGCCUUGUUGCUCAGAGUGCUGCAGGAGCUGUUGGAGACCUGGAGCAGCAGCAGUGCUGUGAAACACGCCCCAAUUGAGCAGCAGCUGUACAUUAGCAAGGCCAUCCUCAUCUGCCUCUCCCACCUGAAGGAGUCUGAAAUUGAGAGCUGCAGACAAGAGCUUCUGACGAGCAUGAUGGAGGGCAUGAAAUGCCACUUGGACAGCAGUCUGCCACAGCUACGGCGACUGGGCAUGGUGGUGGCGGAGAGCAUCAGUUCGAAAAUAAACACUGAGGGGCCUGUCCUGAAGUUUGAGUAUGAAGAAGAUGAUGAAACAAGAGAAUUGAAGUCCCUUCUGGUACAGACUCCAUCAUUCUGUGUUGUCCCCAGCCGUCCAGAUGAUGACUGGAGUGAGAAAGCGGAUGCUGCACUGCCAUUGGUACCAGAGAGUGAUGAGAAAUCCCAUACAGCAGCCCCUGUGGUGCCAGAUGAGGAGUCGGAUGUUGAGCUUGACAGUGAUGAUGACCUCAUCCCUUAUGACAUGUCUGAGGAUAAAGAGCUAAAAAUGAAGGCUCCUGUAUAUAUCCGAGACUGCAUUGAAGUUCUGACUGGAUCAAGAUCUGAAGAUGUGGACAAAUGGGAAGCUACAGUCAAGGCCCUUGAGAGCUUGAUUCGGAAGAAUCCGGCAGCAACAAGAGAAGUUAGUGUGGAGCUGGCAAAAAUACUAUUGCAUCUGGAGGAGAAGACCUGCAUUGAAGGCUUUGUGGAGCUCCGUCAAAAAGCUCAAGUAGCUGUUUUAACCACGGACCCAAUACCUGUUGCAAAGUACUUGACCUCCCAGUUCUACUCUCUGAACUACAGUCUCCGUCAGCGCAUGGACAUCCUUGAUGUAUUGGUUUUGGCAGCUCAGGAACUGUCCUGUCCCAAAUUCUCUGGGAAGAUCAAGCAUUCUGGUGCCCAAAAGCCUCGUAUCCAGCUCCUUCUGGAAAGUGACAGCUCUAAAGACUGGAGAAGAAUUGUUGAUGAGAGGAUCAAAAGCAAGACUCGGAGAUUUGAUACGGGUCAGUCUCACGUGGAACUGGCUUCCUGCCCAAACAAGUUCAAUUCUGUUGCUGGGUAUUUCUUUUUCCCAUUGAUUCAGCACUUUGACAGGCCUUUAACAACGUUUGAUCUUCUGGGGGAAGAUCACUUAGUCCUUGGAAGACUGGUCCACACUUUAGCAAUCCUGAUGUACUUGGCUGUCAACACUGUGGCAGUGACAGCAAUGGGAAAGGCACUGCUGGAGUUUGUUUGGGCACUGCGUUUCCACACGGACUCGUAUGUGCGCCAGGGCCUUUUGUCCUGUAUCUCCUCCCUGCUCCUCAGUGUCCCAACGGAACAGAUUCUGGCAGACAUGACAGAGGAGCUGUUGGAAACUCAGUGUUGGCUGGGAGAUGUGAUGGAGAAAGACCCUGAUGGAGACUGCAGAAGGCUGGCCCUGCAGAACUUGCUGCUAAUGGAGAACCUGAAAAAGAAACUUGCAGCUGUUCCUUCCUAGCUGAAGAAUGUGUAUUUUUCAUUAAGUUCCUGAGCUGUGCCUCACCCUGCUGUGCAUUUAGGCUCCUACCAUGGAACAUCUUCCUGCGUGAGAGCCAGACUUCACCAAGCUGCACAGGUGGACAAUAUGGGUUCUGUAGGUUAGAAGAAUUAAAAUUUCACUUACUGUAU